AUGUUUAUCAAACGCGCAAUGCUCUAUACAAUUUGCCUUUUCGUAUUACUCGUAGCAAUCACCCGAGCAUCAUUUGCUGAAUCUUUAGUCGAUCGCAGUAUGAAUGAGGAAUCGAGCGAAGAUUCGCAGCAACAUCUUAAGCAGCGUGCAGCACUGGUUGAAACUCUAUUUGGUAUUCAAAAACGUUGUGUUGGUUAUGGUCAACAUUGUUCACCUUAUGGCGGCCUCCAUUGUUGCGAUGGUGAUAAUAACUGUGGUGGUGGUCGUGAUGGUACUAGACGCGGUAUUUGUUAUUGUCGACGUACUGAUAAUUCCUGUAUUGGUCGCCUUCGCAACGACUGUCCGCAGACUUAUUCUGGUGGCAAUUGUGCCUGA